AUGGCAAACCCUCUCGAUACCGACGUCGGCUCCGAGCUGUUCGCUUCCUACGAAGCCGAGUUGAAGCUUGUACAGGCCGACCUUUUGCAGAAGCUGGAGCAGAUCCCGGAACUCUCCGGCGAGCCUCGCAAGGCAUCCAUUAGCCAAGCGGAGCGCGCCCUCGAGGAAGCAGACGAGCUGCUCGGUCAAAUGCGAUUGGAGAAGCAAAAUAUCCCCACCUCCUCUCGCGCCAAGGUGAACCAACGGUUCCGCAACUACGAGUCUGACGUCGACGCCAGCCGGCGGAAGCUCACCUCCCUUUCCUCCGAUCGCUCCGCUCUCUUCGGAUCCCGCUACACAGAUGAGCCCUCCGGCGCAUCGGACAUUCACCUCGAACAACGCCAGCAGCUGCUGUCGGGCACGGAUCGGCUGGACCGGAGCACCCAGCGGCUAAAGGCAAGCCAAGCUCUCGCGAGUGAGACCGAGGCCAUCGGCGCCGACACUCUUGCCAAUCUCCACGGGCAGCGCGAGAUGAUACAGCACACGCAUGACCAGCUGUUGAACAGCGAGGGCUAUGUUGACAGGAGCGUGAAGACGUUGAGGGGAAUGGCCAGGAGGAUGGCCACGAACCGCAUCAUCACCAUUUCCAUCAUCGCCGUUUUGGUUCUUCUCAUCGUUGCCGUCAUCAUCAGCAAGUUUCGUUGA